UCCGACACGGACGGACGGGCCAUGCUGGGUCGCUUUCAGACCACUUCACAAACCAACUACGACGAUGUCGAUGUGCGGGCGACGGUUGAGUCGAUCGUCGAAUUCGAACCGAAGCUGGAUAGCUUUAGCUCGUACCUGAUGGACAUGAAGACGGCUCAAUCACGUGUCUACCUACUAUACGCAAGGUACGAGGACGCGCACGUUAUAUUCCGCGACGCUGCCAUCCACAACAUGACCGACUAUGGGCACAUCUGGAUCGUGACCGAGCAGGCGCUCAGUGCCAACAACACCCCGAUCGGAAUUAUCGGACUGAAGCUGAACAAUGCAGAAAACGAAACCGAUCACAUUAAGGAUGCUAUCUACAUUCUGGCAUCCGCCAUCAAGGAAAUGACGGUGAACGAAACCAUAACCGAAGCGCCGAAGGAUUGCGAUGAUUCGGGUGCCAUUUGGGAGUCGGGUAAACGCUUGUUUGGGUAUCUGAAGACGCGCAACAUUGGGCAGACGGGCCAAGUAGCGUUCGACGACAACGGUGACCGUGUGUACGCCGAGUACGACGUGAUCAAUGUGCACGAGAACCAUUCCUUCGUAAAGGUUGGCAGUUUCCAUUACGAUUCGUUAAGCUUUCGCGCCAACCUGCACUCUUCUCACCGUCUUUCUGCACUUCCUUCCAAACAAAUCGGCGAGGAGCUGGAGCGGAUGUACCCACGGAUCAACACUGGAAUCGCGCGCCAGCUGAAGCGCUUGGGGAGUGGCGAGCUAAAAACGCCGGAAACGGCUCCGGUGCUGCUGAGCGCGAUCGUCCUCGACUUCUUCAAGGUGGACAUCACGUGGGACAAGGUAGUAUGGAAUAUUACAUGCAAUGUUCAGUCGCUCCGGCUCUCCUAG